GAUGGCCGAGUCCUCCUGGAGGCCUGCCAGGUUUUGGAGACCCUCAAAGACAUGGCGCUGUGUGAUCCCUUGUCACGGCGCUACGUGCUGCUUCCGCCCAUACCGACGGACCUCGCUGUCCAGGAAGAGUACCCAUUUGAUAUCGUGCCCAUCCUUGCUCCCAUUGCGGAUGAUGAAGAUGAUAUGUCGUUCAAGGUGAUAUGCUUAGCCAUCUAUGGUUCCAAGCUAACCGCCUUUGUCUUCUCGUCUGUCACACAGCAAUGGUGUAUAACUGCAUCUAUCGGUUGGAGUUUGUUAGACGCGCAUCACCCUCCCCUUGGACUGUGCAUGUUUUCCACUUAUGGGUUCUGUGGCUUGCCCGGUUUCGACAACGAGGGCGGAUGCUUCUACUUGGCGUCACCUUUGUUAGACAAGUUGUUCGUGCUGGACACACAAAAAAUGGAGUUUCUCACUGUCAAAUAUCACACUGGCUAUGAUAUACUGGUCAGACACCUGCCUGGCCGGAUAAUCGAAUUUCUCGCCAGAUACGGUGAUCCCCAUAUAAUUCAACCUGGCCAGGACAGAAGUAUGCGUGGCAUUGUAGUAGGUAGAGAAGGAGACCUCGAGAUGUUUUCUCUCAUCGGUGAUCACAGCCCAAAUGGCUCAUUUGAUCUCUAUCAUACGACUCAGCAAAGCAAUGGUGAAUCUUCCAAUGAAUGGCGGAUGAAGAAUAUUAUACCGUUGCCUGGAGGGCAUGACUAUUUCACCAUGAGUGCGGCUGAGGGAUUAUUGUUCCUUGGAGCCACUACAGAAGAUCAAGUGGGCUUUGAUAGAGAGUCUGGGCCGCCAUUGUCCAGGAUUGAUUGGGAUGUAGAUUAUUUUUCGCUUGAGGUCAAGACUUCUGAAGUGAGGAAGGUUUGCACGAGCAAGGGGAAAUUCUUCCAUGCUGAACAUGUUCACUGGUACUUUGGCUACCCCCCGUCGCUGUCAAAACCGAGUGUAUGAAGUGGACUGAUGAACUUGCUUUGCUUCUGUUGUCUUUUUUUGGGCCAUGCAUCUGGAGCCUUUGAAGAGAAAUGGAGGAUGGGCAAAAAGAUGGUGCCGCGCAAAUAGUACUUGAGCAUGGUAUUAUUUACAGGGAAUCAUUGGUACUUGAGCAUUGGUAUUAGUAUUUUAGUCGACGUAUACUUUGCUACAUAUGUUGAUGUUAAGCGUGUCAAAGCAAGACAUGAUGGGAGCAAGGUGAAUUUUGGCGAAUGUUUGUAUGUAAGAUGCUUGUUGUUGUGUGUGUU